AUGGAUCCCAACUCUCAAAAUUCAUCCAACUCUCAAGAUCCCCAAAAUUCUUUUCGAUUUCCAAGUUUUAUGAACAUGUUAGGAAAUCAACCCAUAUUCCCUACAUCUAAUGUCCCAUUUCAACCAUUCAAUCCUUCACCAUAUUAUCAAAUUCCUCCAAACUUCUAUCCUCCAAACUUUCAAGCGUUCGGAAGUUCAUCAUCUCCUCAAUUCAUGAUGCAAGCGAAUGAAGCAGUGGGCACCCCACAACAUUGCACACCUAUCAAUUUAGCAGAUGAUGAUGUGCCUCACAAUUCAAAAAAUAAAGAUACGAGGAAGGUGUGGAGCUGGAAUGAAGACGAACUUCUAAUCAGUGCAUGGCUGAACACAAGUAAGGAUGCCGUAACCAACACUGACCAACCAAGUAGUGCUUUCUGGAAAAGAAUUGCAACGUACUAUAUGGAGAACAAGCCCGAAAGUGCAACGAGCAGAGGUGUUACUCAAUGUAAAAAUCGUUGGAGUAAAAUAUGUAAGUCAGUGCAAAAAUUUGUUGGGUGUUAUGAGGAGGCCAAUCGAAACAUGCGCAGUGGACAAUCAAGCACGGAUGUCCUCAAUGCAGCAAAGAAAAUAUACUCAAAUGACGGUGAGAGCAAAGACUUCGUCCAUAAAGAUGCUUGGCGUAUACUCAGAAAUGAGCCUAAAUGGAAGGCCAGUUACUGCGAAUCAUCUCAUAACAGUGGUGGAAGUUCAAAGCGAACAAAAACGAGUGAAGACGGUGGAUACUCAGGUUCGUGUCCGGCGACACCAUACUUUGAUGUGGAUGACCCAACUCCUCCUACUCGUCCCCCUGGUAUUAAAGCAAGUAAGAAGAGGGAGAAACAGGUGCAAAACGAGGCAUUCAAUUCAAGUCCUACUGAAAAUUAUGAAAAAUUUUACGAAAAAAGCAGUGAAUUUAGCUCAAGUAUGGAACAUAUGGCAGCAGUCAAGGAGCAAAGAUUGAAGCAACAACCCGAAAAAAUAGAAGCACUUUUGAAAGCUAAAAGGAUAGAAAAAACGGCAAGAAAAUUUGAUCGGGAAGCUAAACAGUUAGAACUUGCUAAGACGAAGAUGGAAAUGCUCAUGAUGAUAAUGGCCAAAGGGGAUAAUCUGACGGAAUUUGAAGAACAGUUGAAACAAAGGUUGGCACGCGAAUGUUUUCCGUAA